CAAAAAGUGCAAGCAAACAAAGCAAAGAGCAAAAAGCAAACAAAGCAAAAAACAAAAAGCAACAAAAGCAAAAAGCAAAUAAAGCAAGAGCAAAAAGCAAACAAAGCAAAAAGCAAACAAAUGAAAAUAAUCACACAGAUGCAUGA